GACUACUCACGCAUUUUCUACUGGCCUAUUCUAGCUGCUGCACAGACUGCCAGACGAAUGGACUACUCGGGCUGCAGCGUGGACUAUACUGUACUUGCUAUCUAGUGGCAAGCAGCCAUUCCCAAGCGUGUCCAGGUCCCGCCACGUGGCACAAGGGCCCGGUCCGCCGUCCCAUCCACGCCGGGCCCACCUGCCGCACCAGCUCCUUCCCCUCGAAGCCUUGAAGCGGUAUACUCCUCCGACCAGUGCUCGCGCCCCUGUUCCCAUACUCUUUUCGAAAAAGCUUCGGCAGAGUGGGGAGUGGAGAGGGAGAGAGCACGCCCCACCGCCGAGCCGCCGUCUCCCCUUGGCUCCUCCGCCUCACCCGAGCGGAGGACCUAAACCCUAAUGAGCACCCCCGGCCCGGCCUCCCCAGCGCAAAUGCGCGCUCCGCCGGCCCUGCCGCUCCCGGCCGCGGUGGGCUGGGAGCUGGAGCGGAUCGAGGCGCGGCUGGAUCAGCACGCCGACCCCCGCGCGCGGCAGAUGCUCGCGGACAUCGGCGAGGCGGCCGCGCUGCGGGUGCUGCGGCUGAUCGGGGAGUCGCGGAAGUCCAUCCGGAACUUCUCCGGCUAUAUCAUGUGGGUGGCGAGGAGCGCGCCGGAUGCCCCUAGCGCUAGCGCCGAGAGCGCCGUCUACGCCUUCGGCCCCUCCAGCGGAGAUGACUCUGUACUGGGACCAAUGCACGAUGAUGAUGUUCAAAUGGACGAUAACGCUCCAGGCAGUGAAUUGGCUUUCAAUCUAUCAAACCAUGCCAUGAUCGAGGUCCAAAGCCCUGCCCGUCAGAGGCCUCACGGUUUACAUAGCAACAGCAAUGGGAGCCCUGUUGGGGCAGUUGCUUGCUUGUUGCCGAACCCAGUUGCAAUGGAGGUUGAUAAACCUGACUGCGAUGUCCCAGAAAUGUUACCCGUGAUGCCAAACCAAGGAGGAAUGGAAGAGUUUGUCGAGCAUCCGUCUUUCAGGAUGCAAGACCAGGUACAACCGUUGCAGGUUGACAGUCCUACCCCGCCAUUGGCCCAUGCGGUGCCAGACCAUGCUAUGGUGCAAGUUGGGAGCCCUGGCCUCGGCAUGGUGUCUGGGUUGCAGCAUCAGGUGGGGUUUGAUAGCCCGGUCCAGCAGAUCAUUCCUACGUCUCCAAGGAUGGUUUCCACCCCAAGUCCAGUGCGCGAGAUCACAAGGCGUGUGCAUCAAAUGGGGUGCCCAUCAGGAACUGUGGGGGUCCAAGCAUCACCAACCAUGGAGUGCAUGAUGCCAGCAGACCCUCUUGUUACUGCAAAUGCAUCAAGGGCAACCGCGAGCCGUCAGUUGUUAGCGCUGGGAGAGCUAGAGUUUGUUCAGAUUUUCAUGAUAUAUGUCUAUCUUGCAGGUAAGAAGAUAGAAGAUGUGGGUGUACUACAUGAGGACUAUAUUAGGUCCUUGAAUUCACUGCCCAUGGAUCGUUUUGAGUUGGAAAUAUGGAACAAAUUUGGUCACAAGUUUCUAGCAGAGUGUGACAGGAGACAGAAUCUUGAUUGGGACCCAAGCAAGACAAGAGUGUACCAUUGCCAUAUCGAGCAAAGAGGCGAUUCCAUAGUUACGGUUUUCAAGGGGCCAUAUAUAGAGAACACAAGGACUAGUCUACAGAAAGUUGUUGGGGACGACAAUGUUCUUGUUGUGAACUUUUCAGAUAUAUCUAGGCACACCAAUGCUGGUGAUAACUUCGAAACCGGCUGUCACUUUUACCAUCACGUUUUUGAAGAUGGCAUCAUCUUGGGUUUGCGUCGCUAUCGCUUUUUGAUUCACAAAGAUGGAGGGAGGGAGAGGAGAAUAAAAGCGGAAAAAAAUAAAGAGAGAAACAAGAAAUGCACUUCUUCUGUUAGGUGCUACUUUGUUCGCACCGAGUGUGACUGGGACAAGGGUGUGCCUUAUAUCCUCUCCAACAGAACAAUUGGUGAUGCCCGCAAGCUUUUUAUGCACGUACACACUGUCCCCAGUGUGGCAAAAUAUGUGGCCAGGAUAAAUACGGAAACAUUGUUCUCAAGCAUAGGGAGGCUUUGAUCCACACUGACGGGACUGGCCUAAUAUCAGAAGAUUUAGCUAAGAAAUGCCCUACAUAUGUAUUUAAGGGGAACCUUUUGAGGAUACAUGAUGUGAGUGUGUGCUUCCCUGUCCCCCAUAUUGAAUUCAUGCUCCGGCCAGUUGCUCCAAAAGUCUGAACUGAUGGAGAGAGGCGGGCAAUAUAUUUCAACACCCCAUUGUGCAUCUUGUCAGAAAAUAUGAUUUUUUUUUAUUUCUCACUUACCAUAUUUGAACUAUAUAUCAGGUCUCUGAAGGUUAUGGUUUUGUGAAGAUAAUGAUAAGUCAUUUGGGCAAAUUUUGAUAUGCCAAAAGAAAACUUGGAUACACACAUGGCCCAGCUCCUUUUAGUAAUACAAAGUUGACACAUAGUUGAAUUUUGAAUCAGCGCCGUUUGAAGCUUUUAGCUGUUUCACCAUGCUAUGCUUUAGGUUCUUCCAUAGAAUGCAUUCUGCACUCGGGCACUGAUUAUAGUGGAAGCUCACUGGCACCCAAUAUCAUCGGUCACACCAACUGUUCUCUCAGUUGUGAAAGAUUGGUGGUACCUUAUUUUACUUUGCAACUCACUUAAAGCAUCCAUUAUGAGUUGGACGACACUCGACUUUUCACCCUAAUGAGCUUAAUAAUAUGGCACACAUCCUAAUGAGCUUAAUAAUAUGGACAUUUGUGUUAGUAGUGGAACAUCACGUUCUGUACUUUGAUAAGACUGUCUCCACUAGAUCCUACUCCCUCCGUUCCAAAUUACUCGUCGCAGAAAUGGAUGUAUCUAGAACUAAAAUACAUCUAGAUACAUCCAUACCUGCGACAAGUAAUUCGGAACGGAGGGAGUAGAUGAUUGUGUCCCUCUGCUUGUUUAAUCUCAUACUGAACUUAAAGAACCUGGCAUGUCGACCAUGUUAGAUCAGCAAACACAUCAUCCGUAGAUUGUGAUACACCAUACGUACCAUUGGUUGCAAACUUGCAAUAUAUCAUGCUACAACAUCAAGUCCAUCACAUUAUUGUUUAAAAGAACGACAGAUUUAAGACGAGAUGAGAAAUUUGUGGACUCUACUAACAAAUAGGUGUUAGUGGUUAACGUUACCCCAAAAAUCAUGUUUUGGAAAUAGCUAAUAAUUAUCAAAAUUGUUGCUUGCUAUUUCUAGCUAACUCUGCUUUUCACUUUUUAGUUUUAUUAUUAAUUAUUUUGGUACUAUUAUUCA